AUGAAUAUCGGUAGUAUCACAGCAUCCGGCCUUACUACGAAUGCAAGCUUAAGCAAUGACCCCUACGGAAACUUUUCUAUCACGGGCUUCAACGGCACUAGAUGCUGGUGGCAAGACUUCGACAAUUCUAUCUAUAAUGGGAGUAACAAUCCCCAUCCCCCGAUUCACUGUCUGUCCUCGGGCGACCAGCUCGGCUUAAUGUUGGAUGUCGAAGCCGGGCUGAUAUCUGGAGUCGCCGUUUUGUUAGCGUCUCUCCUGAUCCUGCGCAACCUCUGGCGAUAUCUCAGUUCGGCUGAGAGACAGCGCGUAGGCUUUAUCCAAGAAGCAGCGGAUAUUUACGUGCUCUUAUUAUUCUUCUUCGAGAUUUUCCAAGCACUUGGCGGUAUCACAAGUAUCGAGUGGUUAAGAACGGGAAUCGUCCGCAGCGGGGGCUACUGCACUGCGCAGGGAAUCCUCCAGGAGUUCGGAGAAAUGGGCGUGGCAGCGGCAACUUUGGCUAUCGCCCUCCACACUUUCCGCGUACUGGCUUGGGGUCGCUUUACCUACGAUCACUUGGUAGCCUACAUAGUGGUCUGCGUCAUUAUAGUCUACGACGCCCUGUUCGUCGGCCUAUCCACCGGGAUCAACGCAAGCGAGGGGAAGGACUAUAUCCUACCUGAUCCAUUCUGGUGCUGGGUAGGCGAUGCAUAUAAGAAGCAGCGUAUUCUGGGGGAGUACCUCUGGAUAUGGUUCGCAUUGGUCGGAUCUAUUGUACUAUACCCGCCGUUAUACUUCCUCCUGAGGGGCGACAUUUCGUUCGAUCCCAACAGCUGGUAUCGCAUCCGCAUCCAUAGACGUGGCAAGGGCAGCGCAGACGCGACGCAAGGAAUCAACCCCUUAUCACUGAGAGGAAUGCUAGCAUAUCCCGCUGUCUAUGCGUUCACGGUGCUCCCGCUCAGCGUGACCCGUUGGACUACGUUCCACUUGAAAGGCGCCGCAUCGUUCUCUCCGAAUGCGGCGCUCACCGGGGGCACCUUCUUCGCCGAGACACUGUUCCGCCUCAGCGGCGUCUUCAACGUCAUCCUGUUGCUGCUGAUUAGACCGCAGCUGCUGUCCUUCCGCCGCGCUGCGGGGGCACAGGCGCCGUCGCUUGACAGUUUGGAUGAAGCCACUGGUAAUGGCGGCGGCGAUCCAGCUGAGCAUAGACCAUCGCUGUCUGAGAGGGGGCAUUCGAUUGGUAUGCAAGAGAUGCACUCUGGUAAUGGGCGGGGCCCGCCGAAUGGCCUUGCUGCAUUAGAGGAGCACGGCGGCUGGGAUCUCGAACACAACGACGACUCCCAGAGCUUGCAGGGUCCAGACGGUGUCAGAUCUUGA